AUGUCUGACCGUGUGGUGCAAGGCAUUGCCUUUAUGGUAACUACCGAGAGCGAGGCUCUUGCAGCGCUCAUGGAUCCCGAGGAUGCCCAGGCGGCGAAGGCACGUAAAGGCAGCGGCGUGGACAGGGCUCCAUCAGACGCAGUGGAGGGAUCGACAGUGAUCAGCUUUGAGGACAUUCUUGACAUCUCCUUGGACGGCGUUGCUGCUACCCUUGUCGCCAAAACCAAGCAAGCUUUGCAGGCUAACGUGGCGAUUGUGACCAUGUACAAGGUUGCUCAAGUCUUCUCAUUCUAUGCGAAAACCAUCGAGGAAAGGCUUCACCGAAAUGGCGCUGCCAUUGUCUCGACCUGCAUGGAUCUCCAUGCCAGAACAUACCAAAACUUCUUGGACCUUUGGGAAGCGCAAGCCCAAAAGCUUCGCCAAGGAGUAGCUGGGGUGUAUGUGGCAGCCCUAUCGGCUCCAUCUUUCGUUCUGGAGGCAGCAAACACCUUGCAAGAAGUUCUGUCCAUCUAUGAGAUGGCGCCCGUUCCAGCUGGUGAGCGUGAGGCCGAUUUCUUGCCUGUGCUAUCUGCUGCCUUCGACCCCUUGUUGAACCACUGUCAGCAAGUUGCAACCAUGAUGGACAUGGCAGACGGGUACGUUUUUCUGAUAAACUGUGUUUGCGCUAUGCAAGCUCCUUUGCGGAAACAUGACUUUACCAAGCAGCGACAAGAGAUGUAUUGCUGUUUUCUGGAGGACCAGCUGAAUCGGUUGAUUGAUGGGCAGACCAAAGCCGUUUUGUCCAAAGUAGGUCUCGCUGAAAGACUCAAAGCUUUGCGGGAGAAGUCGCCAGGGACCCCGCUGAGUUCUCUUCCGGAAUUACACCCAGUCUCUCUGGCGACAACCCUGCGAUCCUUUUACAAUUCCUUAUUUACGCUGGGUGGAGCUUUAUCCCUUCAGCUUCUGGAGAGGAUCGAAGAUGCAAGCUUAAGAGAAAGAGCUCGCAAAGGAGUAUCUGAGCUCAUUGCUGCUGAGUACGAGGAGCUCUAUACCGGCAUCGAAGCACUGGGAGUUGCCACACAUACCCCUGCCCAGGUUCGGACGCUGCUGGAAGGAGAGUACGAGCCGACAGAGCAGGAGAUUUUGGAUUAUUCCGAAUGGCUUGGAAUGGACCUCGAGAACGACAAGGAUCUCAUGUGGAUUGCCAGAGCUGGCUUGAAGGUCCCCUUACCACCUCCCUGGAAGCCUUGCACCACGGGAGAGGAGAACGAGGUGUUUUACUUCAACUUCGACACUGGCGAAAGUGUCUGGGAUCAUCCAUGUGAUGAGUACCAUAGGAUGCUCUACAAAAAAGAAAGAGCAAAAAAGUAUGGCCUUUCUUUCGAUGAAGCUGCGCUCGAAGAUCUGGCGCACCGCCUAGGGCUCUCGAACAAGGAGGACGAUAGCGGGGACAUGCUAGACGAGAGUGGCAGCAUGGGGAGGAGUGCCAGCGCUAGUGGUGGCGUGAUGAGUUUGAGCGGAGGUGACACAGAGAAAAAGAAAAAGAAGAAGGAUAAGAAAGAGAAGAAAUCCAAGAAAGAGAAAUCGGAGGAGAAAGAUGAGGUCAGGCUCGAGGCACCCAAGACUCUGGCGCCACUGAGCGCCCGGGGAGUCCCUGCAAGAGAUAGCAGGCCGGAUGAGCUGAGCCAACUUGCAGAGGAUCCCCCGCCAUCCACUGAUUCCUCGAGGGCUCCCUCCCAGUCUCUGAGCGAGGAGGACCGGAGAGACAGACCUGAGGAUCCCAAGAUGCAGCCAGCAUCCAGAGCGGAUGGACCGCCACGGCCAGCUGGUGGGGCUCCACCACCGCCCAUUGGAGACCCGCCAGAAGUGAAGGAAUCGGCUGCUGCAGUGUCGGCUGAGGCUUCGGAUGACACUGCCAGCCCGCAACAAUUGGACCUUGAAAAGCGAAGGCUGGAGGAACUUUAUCAGAAGAAUGUCGCAGCUCUUCAGGCAGAGCAUAAGGCCAAGUUGGCAAAGCAUCGGCGCGAACUGCAAGACGAAUUUGGGCUAGAGCGCGACCGCACCUUCAGUGAGCUUCAGGAAAAGCAUGACAAGCAGGUGCGUGAAGAGCGAGCACGAUUGCAGCAGGAGCUGGUUUCAAAAAAGGGUAAGAUGAAGGAAGAGAUCGAAGCAACGGCAAAGUCUGAGGAAGAGCUGCAGAAGAAGCUUAGCGAAUCGCAGGCCGAAGCUACACGCCUGCGCUCCGAGGCGGCGAGUCUCGCAAGGAAGUGCUCCGCCUACGAGGAACGUGUUCGCCGGCUUGAGGAGGACAUGAAAGAAUGUCGCAAAGAGGUUUCAUUGAAUCGCACCAACGAUGCCAGAGAAGUCACCAACCUGAAGGCGCAGCUCGAAGCGAAGAACGUAGAAAUCGAGCAAAUCAAGGCCGGAGCUGCCGCAGCUUCAGAGCGACUGGGCAAGUGGGAGGAGGAAAUGCAGCGCCUUCAGGACCUCGCUCAGGAUAAUGAUGAAGCAAAGGCGAGGAUCCAGCAGCUCAUGCACGACUUGGAGGUCAAGGAGACGCAGCGGGCAGCACUAGAACAGCAAAUCAAGGAGGACAAGGGCAGCUCCGACAAGCUGCAGGAGCUACAGGAGGCUGUGCGCCAGAAGGAAGAGGAACUGUCAAAGCAAAAGGCGAAAGUUUCUUCGCUAGAGGCAUCCCUGAUGAACGAGGUUGAGGCCAAGAGCAAACUCCAAGCCAAGCUGUCGGAGAUGCAAAGUGACCUGGCCAAGGCUUCAGGCAACAAGGCGCAGCUGGAUGAGCUUCGUCGGGAACUUGACCUCAGGACUGAAGAGCUCUCCAGCGCACGCAAGGCUUCUGCAACAGAUGCAGAGUUGAAGCAGGCAAGAGAUGCCCUGGAGGAGGAGAAGAGGCUCUCAUCCCAGGCUUCAACGGAUGCCACGCGCAUCAACGACGAGCUCGCCGCUUUAAAGGCAGAGUUGGCCGAAGAGCGUGAGGCAUCCAGCAACAGCAAAGCCCAGGCCAAAAGCCAUUUGGGUGGCGGCAGCAAGCAGGGAGGCUUCGCGGCUGCAGGCUCUCUGGGUCGAAACGUGUACCGGCGGGUGGCCACACGGCACCUGCUUCCCUUCUCUAGGUGCGCUUCGACCUUUGUGCCACCAGCGCGGGAAGGCGCAGCCUAUCACAAAGCAUGGGCGGCAGCUGGGCUGUUGGGAGCUUCAGCUCUAUUUGUAGCAAACCAGGAUAGGCGACCGCAGACCAGCCACUGUUUCUUUGGCGGCGCUGCCAAAGGCAAUUUUAAGGUCUGCGUGUGUGGCGGCAGCGGUGGUAUUGGCCAGCCGCUCUCCCUCUUGAUGGCAAUGGACGACAACGUAGGUGAGUUGUCUGUUUAUGAUCUUGACUUCGCGAUGGUCCCACCCGGUGGUGUUGCCGCGGACUUGAACCAUUUGGAGAAGAAGGUCAAGGUGAAGGGCUACGUCAAGAGCAAGGAUGAGAAGGCCAUCGAUGUCCUCGGCGAUUGCCUUAAAGGUUGCAACCUGGUGCUAGUCCCUGCUGGAAUGCCAAGGAAGCCUGGCCAGACACGCGAUGAUCUUUUCAAGAUCAAUGCUGGUAUUGCCAAGGAGGUGGUGGAAGCCUGCGCUAAGCACUGCCCCAACGCAGUUGUGGCUCUCAUUGUCAACCCAGUCAACUCAGUGGUUCCAGCGAUGGCUGAGCUGUACAAGAAGAAGGGGUUGGAUCCAAAGAAGAUCGUAGGUGUUACCACACUGGAUGGAGUGCGUGCCAACAAGUUUGUUGCAGAGAUCACUGGCGAGGAUCCCACCAACAUCGAGGUGCCGGUGAUUGGAGGACAUGCAGGUGUCACCAUCAUGCCUGUUUUCUCGCAGGACAAGCACGCAGCAAAGAUUCCUGAAAAGGAUAUUCCUGCCCUCGACAAGCACGUGCAGGAUGCUGGGACAGACGUCGUCAAUGCCAAGAAUGGCAAAGGAAGUGCCACUCUUUCGAUGGCCUAUGCGGGAGCCAGGCUGGGAAAGGCCGUUUUGGCUGGCUUAGCUGGAACUCCCACCACCGAGUGUGCUUAUGUAAUGUCUAGCGUGGAGCCAGACUGCCCCUACUUCACCAGCAAGGUCACGUUCGGCAAGACCGGAGUUGAGAAGGUGCACCCUAUUGGAAAGCUCAACAAGUACGAGGAGCAGCGGCUGGCAGAGGCUAAGGCUGCCUUGAAGAAGGCGGCAUCUCCCAGCUUCCAUGUUGCACCAUCUCUAGAUUUUCGCAGACUUUGCAGGAGAUUCAAUCUGGCAUCGACUACGCAGCAGACACUGCCCUGGCAUGAGUUGAUCAUGCCCCCAAAGACGGCAUCUCGGCUCGCCACCCAGCGCAUGUCCAUUCUUGACUCUCUUGACUUCGCAGACCUGAAGCUGAAGCUGUUCGGCGUGCCUUACAACUGGCGCUUUGACUGCCCGGGAAGGCGAGUGCAAGCGGACAAGAUUGGCGACGCGGUGGGUCAGCAUGAAGAACUGAGGAGGUUGCAGACAAACCUUGAACAGGCAAAUGCACGAUCUUCAAACCUGAAGACCGAGUUGGAUGCCAGGACGGCCGACUUGGUCCAACUGCGGGCAGAGGUGCAGCAGCAAGAGCGACAAGCGGCCCUGCGAGCAAUGGAGGAGGCAUCCCUCAAGGCUGAGGUGGAUACAUGGCGCACGGAAUGCAGCCGCCUGCAGAACGAGGCUUCCCAGUCAGAAGUCCCCAAGAUGCAGGCUUUAUUGGAGGAGGAGAAGGCUGGCCUAAACCGCAUCAAGGCGGAGGCUGCAGAAGCGAUGGCUCAAUGCAAGGCUCAGGCCGCCGCUUCGGCUGCGGAGUUGGAAGUGCGAUCAAAAGAGUGCGGGCGCUUGAGAGCAGAGCUUCGAGCAUGCAGGCCAAGCGGUGGCCUUGCCCAGGAUGAGGUCCGUGAGCUGGUCUCUCUUCGUGCUAAGGUUCUGGACUUGGAAGCGGAGGUGGAAACGCUGCAGCAGAAGGUGAAACUGCCGAAUGUUGAGCUAGAAGAUCAGAAGCUGCGGUCCCUUGUCAAGGAACGCGACGAGACCAUCUUGAGGCUGAGAGGGGACCUUGCGCAUGCAGUGGCCCGCCACAGCAAGGAACUUGAGGAGCUUCAGCUAAAAGUCAACGAAGCUCGCAUGGAAGAAAGGCAGCUGCGACACGAUGAUAAUGGCUUCGUCAUUUCUGACCUGAAGGCGCAGCUACGCUCCAAAGCAUCAGAAGUGGAGCAACUGCAUUCGGAGGUCAGGUCUAGCGUGAGUGAGCUCGAGCGAGUCAGGGCAGAGGCACGCCAUGCUGAGGCCCGAGCAGCUGCCCGAGAGAUCUCGAGCGUGGAAGCUGCCAAGGCGAUGGUUACAGAUGACUGGAAGCGGGAGGUAGACCGUUUGCAGGUCGAGCUGCAAACCCGGGCGGCUGAAUCCGCUGCAUCCAAGGAGAAGGCGGAAAGGCUCGCUCGUGAGGUUCGACGCGUGCAGCAAGAAGAAAGCCGAGUUGCAAAGAGCCAGGAGGCGCUGCGAGGAGAACUCGAACAGGCCCAGGAUCACAACCGUGCCAUACGAGAGGAGGUGGCAGAUGCCGAGCACCGCUGUGAGGACGCUCGAGCAGCGGUUCGAGCAGAGCGCAGCAGUCGUACACAUGCUGAGACUCAGGUUCGAGAGUACCAACGAGAUGUCAGAGCUCUGAAAUCGCAACUGCAAGAGCAGGUUGCCGAAGCUGAGAAGUUCCGAAUCGAGGCAAGGAAAAAGUACUGCCAGCUGGAAGACAAGGAGCUGGAAGUUUCCCACCUGCAGGAUCAGGUCCAGUUCCUAGAAAAUCAGCUCCGAGCACGCCGGGAUUGGGGGAUGGAAAAGGAAGAGUGGGAAGAACAGAUGCUGGAGAAAGAUGGACCCAUGGACAUCACAGGCCUCAAGACAGCGGUGGAACUCUCACAACUAUCUCAAGCACAGGGAAUGGGCGAGACCGGCGACCCCGACAUGGAAGAGCAAGAUGCGACGUUGUCACCCUGUGAUGCCAUGACAGUUCCAGCUGGCAGUCCGGGCCCGCCUCCAGACUCACCUGUGCGGCAGGCAGAAGACGUGCUUCCUGCUGCAGCGUGGCAAGGGAAUGCACAAGACCAGCAGGCGGAGGUUGGGGCAACUAGUCCUCAAAGUCAAGGGGCUGCAGCAACUUCAGCAGGGCCCGUCCCGGAAGAGGUUGCGGCCUUUCUGCAGAUGAAGCGGGCGGAGCUACAGGCAGAGUUGUUGACGGUCGACAAGCUGAGACAGCAGUGGAAGCAAGAUGCGGAUCGACUGCGUUCAGUCGGUGGCAUGGCUCGAGAGCAGGCCUUGCUUGCAGAAGCUCGUGCUGCGCUUGAUGAUCGAGCCAGCGCAAUCCAAAGGGCUAUGGCAGAGCAUAGUGCUCUCGAGCAAGCGCUACAAGCAGGUGCGCAUGAUGGGGACUGCAGGGCCCUUCCGAGAACAUCGCCGCCGGCUUUGGGGAUCCGGGGCAACCCAAUGGCUGCCCUGAAGGCACGCAGCGACGCGGGAGAUACGCCAAGGUCGUCUACAGGAGGACAGCUGAACAGCCGACAUGGAGACCGUGACAAAUACCCAACAACAGCAGCCGAGGACUUGAGCAUGCUGCGGCGCUGGCAGCACCUUCUUGGCCGGGAAACGGUUGGUCUGGGUUGCGCCACGAGGCUGCCGUUGACCGCCAGAUCACGAUCAGGAGGAUAUGCCAGAUCCAUCUCGCCUUUCAAGUUGGACCGCCGCCGGAGCCGAGUUUCCCGGGAGGCUGUUGACUACAAUCUGAAUCAGCUGUACAACUUCUUAGAGGUUGCAACAGCUCGUCCGUUGUCAGCGCGGGCUGGUCGAACUCGCUACGGUUGA